AUGGAUAACAAAAAGUACAAGUGGCCGGCUUAUGAAGAACCGCCGCAUUAUGCUCAUCAAGAAAAAUUGAAUGAUAUAAGGGCUCGUUUUGUAAGCAAGAGAGCUAUUUUAGUUGACUUAUUCACGUAUGUUAAUGGUAGAGUUGAUGAUAUUACUGAUGUUCUUGAACUUUGUAAAGCAAUUGGUUUUGCGACUGGUAAAAAUUUUUUAAAACAUAAUGCCAAAAAAAUUUUUCAAGAAAAUUUUUUUCGAACAUUAAGAACAUUUUAUACUAAUUUAACAAAUUUUUAAAAUAUAUUUAAGGUAUUUUGGGCAAUCUUGAGCGAAUUUUGAAGUUUCAUGAUGAGCCGAAGAAUCGUCAGUCAGGAUCGAAUCAACCAGAUGUGGAUUUUGAUGAAUAAAUGCUUUUUGAGAAUGCUUGGUUAUGGGAAGUGGAUUUUUGGAUGUUUUGUUUGUUGACUCUCGUAUACGUAU